AUGGUCGAAGUAAUUGAGAAUUCAUGGUCGGACGACGGCAAGUACGAUUCUGAUCACAUUACAGCAAAUCAAGAUGAUCCAAGCAGCUCUAAAAUUGAGACGGUUGUUGAGGGUGGACAUAAAUUCACAAGUUGUCAAUGUUAUUGCUGUGAUCUCGCGUUUCAACUCAAGCGUGUCGAACGCGACAUACAGCAGCUUAAAAACCGAGCAAAAACUCGCGAUGGAAAUGGAAAUACGAAACAAUAUGCAACAAGAACACAUGCCAAAGUGAAAAAGCUCUCCUAAGGUCGAAUCUGGAAGAAGCUAAUAACACAACAAAAGAUCUUAAAGCGAAAAUCAUGUAUUUGGAGCAAGAGAAAGACAACCUCGCUACGGCUAUGACGUUACAACAAAAGGAUUAUUAAACCUGUCUUAAUAAUUUAAACCGACAAAAUAAUAAAUCAACUGAAACGUCUAAUAAUUAACAGGUGGUACAGGGAACCAAAAGUAGCAAUCGAAAACUGAGUGAAGGAAACCCACCAAGUACCUACGUGUUAAACACAGAAAAUCAGUAUCAAAGCUUGAGCGAUAUCUUAGACACCGUUUACACGGUACCGGACGAAUUUGUGACCGGACGAAAAUUUGUCCGUUUCGGUUGUGUAAACACACGAGAACCACGGAACCGGACGAAUUUGAGACCCUCUAACAGGACGAAUUCACGUGUAAACAGGCGAAAAAGGACGAAUUUUCGUCCGGUCCCAAAUUCGUCCUGUACCGUGUAAACGGGGUCUUAGAUGGCGAAACACAAACAGAAACCCGUAUUUAUAACCAUCCUAAGGGAAACGAGAAAAACGAAAGCCAUGAAAUCGGUUCGGACGUUAUUAUCAUAGGCGAUUCCAUAGUUAAAAAUAUUCAACCUAGAAAGCUAACAAGAAAGAAAGUACAUAAAUAUACGUUCCCGGGAAAAACCGCAGGUGAAAUUGAAAUUGAGAAGGAGAUUAAUUUUGAUAAUCUAAAACCAAUCCCGUCCCAUGUAAUUAUACACGUAGGGACAAAUAAUCUCCCUUUGGAAUCUGCCACAGAAUGUGCCCAAAAGAUAGAAAAGCUCGCUAAAAAAACCAAGACACAAUUUCCUUACUCGAAAAUUGGUCUAUCUGGUCUAACGAUGCGUCAUGAUAUUGCUAUGUUAGAAAAGAUUCAAGAGGUCAAUAAGAAAAUUGGGCACAUAUGUAAGAAAUUGGAAAUUUCAUUUAUUGACAACUCAACUAUAGAUGAUACAUGUUUAAAUGGCAGUAAGCUCCAUCUAAACGCGAAAGGUUCGGCCAUCUUAGUGGUUCACUUUAUUAAUUUCCUCAAGGGAGGCAGUGCAUCAGUCUCACCACGGAAACAAAGACAUCAGGAUUUUCCGAGAUCAACGAUUCAGAAACUUGGAGAACUGUUGGAAGUAAUUGUCCAACCACAGAAGAACAUCCACAGAAGAAAAAAUUAG